AUUCGGUAAUGAACUAACUGAUGUCACAAAAAGGAGCCAGGAUGUGCGUGGCUUUCUUGGUUUUUUUGUGUUUCAUUCCCAUCUUUGUGGAUUCGUCGUCAUCUGUGCAGGGAUUUACGGAAACGCAUUUUGAAGGCUUUGCAAACCAUUACCUUCGAGGCCACAUUGCGCAAACUCAUCAAGUGUCUACAUCACUUGACUGUGCCUUUUAUUGUAUGACCGACUCAAGGUGUCAAUCUUACAACUACCAUAUGGAAGGGAAAACCAAUCAUACGUGUGACAUAAACAGUAAAAAUAAAACAGUAGACCCUGUGGCUCUUGUAAACAAAGCAGGAUUCAUUUACUUUCAACCAUAUGAGCCUCGUUCUCGUCGAGGUCCUGUCCAAGAUUUUACGGCUAAUUUUACCAAUCUUGGAGCCAGCGGUCGCCUCGGUCCUUCAUCGAUCGGUGAUCUUUACAGGGGCCAGGGUCAUGAUGGUCGUGUGACACUUGUGGCGGGGAUCCAACAUUGGCGUUUACCGUGCACCACCCAGUACAAAAUAGAAGCAGUUGGUGCCACAGGUGGCUACGAUUCAGUAAACUCCGGAAAAUAUCGCGGUUUGGGAGCGCGCAUGAUCGGCACUUUUCAAUUGACAACAGACGACACACUCAAAAUCCUGGUUGGCCAAGAAGGGGGUAUCAAUAUCUACACGUCUUCCGGAGGGGGAGGUGGUAGUUUCGUGGUACGUUCAGACAACACCCCCCUGAUUAUAGCCGGGGGAGGUGGAGGGAGGGAGUCACCGCAGUCCUCAAGAACUCAAUGUCACGCCACCACAAACACAUCCGGAAAUCCAGGAUAUUCCAGUUCAGUCGUGUGGUCUGGAGGAAGUAACGGUAAUGGAGCAAACACCGCUGAUCAUGUAAACUCAGGGGGAGGAGGUGGAGGAUUUUUGACCAGCGGCCGAAGCUCAGUUAACUUUGGUGGAAGCUACGGAAAUGGUGGAGAGGGUGGUAAAGGAUUCCUUCAGGGUGGAGAGGGAGGUCGAGCAUUGAGAAACAAUGCCCAUGGGGGGUUUGGUGGGGGAGGAGGAGCGUACGGAGAUGGAGGAGGUGCUGGAGGCGGAGGCGGCUACUCAGGGGGCGCUAGUGGGGACAAUGUCGUAGAUUCCUGUGGGGGUGGAGGUGGCUCAUACAACUCUGGUGAUGAGCAAAGCAACGAUUGCUGCUUUAACGACAAGGGACACGGAUUUGUGUUUGUCACGUGGUCUUGCUAAGGGAGCUUUUAAGCAUGUUUCCUCACAGGGUAGUGGUCACCAAGCGUUGAGGAAACCUUGAGCGAAUUUUUUCCAGCUUUAUAGUGAGAGAAUACACUCAAAAAAGUAAUAAAACACUUUUUGAACGAGUUUUCUUUUUAAAGGCUAUUCCGUAAAAAUUUAUUCAGGAAAUUUGUAAAAUUGUAGAUUUCUAUCCCAGCCUAUCAGCUCUUUUAAAAAUCAUUUCAAAUAAACUAAUGAUGGAAACGUGA